AGUACCCGUAUUGUGCUUUCUCCUAGAGUAAAGGGAUGAAUUGAUGCUCAUUCCCUCCAGCCACUGAUCCUGCAUUGAUGUCACACACGAAACAGCAUCUGAAAUAACGGAUAUUUCAUUUAAUAUGCUGACGGGAUGUUAAGAGGAUUAAGGACCACGUGGCAUAUAUGUGUGCAAUGCAUCCAUUCCUGCCACCCGCCAGACUGUCUCAUCCUUCAUUUGUUGUCUUCAGCACCGUCGGGCCGCCCCGCUGUUAGCUCUCCGUCAAUACCUCAGCAGGUAUCGUCCCCGGUUGCCACAGUCAUAUAAACAAUGCUUGGCACACAUGGAUGUCCAAGCACAUAAGGAACCUGCAGGGUAGCUGUGACACGAUGAAGGAACUAACCAACCAAGGGCACUUCAGAGAGAUCACCUUCAGUCUCCUCCACCCAGACCUCCAGCCAUAUGUGGCCUGGUUGGAGCAGCACGUUGUUGACGGGGCCGAGGCAGAGUGAGAUGGGGGCCCCUUCCUGCUCUACCUAAUUACCUGUGUGAUGGAGUGGUACCCCCCCACCCAGCAGAACCACUGUGACACACUGUGUCAGGGGCAGCGCGGACACGUGGAAGCUGACCGCUCUCACCUUUCCUCUGCCUCUCCUGCCAGAUCAGGCUAAUAAUAAAACAUCUUCUUUUUGUUCACGUGAAUCUCACGUCGCCUAUUUCUGCUUUUCUCCUAUCUUUUUUUUCUUAGUGUUCACCUUCUAAACAAUAUACUCAAUAAGAUCCAUUUUCAAUACAGUAAAAGAGGCACGAUUGACCGUCCCGGGCUUCAUUAGCAAACCUCCUGGUUGCAGAGACUUCAGAGCACACCAGAGAAUAAAGGGGAAGGCACUCGGAGUCCAAACUGUACCCGCUGAGACUGUAUACGCCAGAACACAUUAGCUGUUGCUGUAGCAACCGUCUCGCAAAUUUCAAACACUUUAAGCAGACUAAUUCCUCAAAAUGUCCUUGUCCACUGGGUCUCUUUCUCCAUCUUUUCCUCCUUUAAACAUAUUCUCGAGAGCUGAAUUAGUAGAUUAGAACGUGGUGUUACUGAGCACACUCAGCAGAAAGUUGAUCUGGGAUCUGGCUUGUAUUCAUAAACAUCUGGGAUCACUGGGAGCUGAACUCCAGCCUUGAACUUUUAGCCUUGAACGUUUAGGAGACUUGUUUUAAUGUGUAACAUCAAGAUGAGGAGUUCAGUGGAAACAAGUAUAACGUUUGUCGGUGCAGGCAACCAGAACACAUCUGCUUCCUGUCUUGUCGAGUCUAGAUAAAUGUAUCCUAAAGAACAAUGCUCCUCUAUAACAGAAAGCACAAUAAGUAUCUUUUUUAACAUAAGUCUUGAGCUUUAACAUCCUUCAGUCCCAAGUACGAGCACCUUUAAUCGGCUAUGCUAAUCUAUUCAUGAAUGAUGAGGCAAACUGCUGUCUGAACAGCGGCUCCCUGUGUGUUUGAGGUGCUGUGUGGGGGUUUGCUCAGGUGAACGGGGCUGCGCCAUGUGGAGAGACACUUAUCACCCACCGCAGAAACAGCCUCGUGCAUGCCCAGAAUCCUCAAUGACAAACCGGCCGACAUGCUGCUUUCAGAUGAGACUGCAACGUGAAAACAGGAGCGUUGGGAGUUUUUAUGCUUUCUUUUUUUUGUUGGUGUUCUAUUAUGUUUCCAUGUGUGUAAGAAAAUAGAAACAGGUAUUUAUUUCCCUCAUAAAAAAGACGCUUUUGAUUAAUUUAUGUAUCAUCAUUACCCAAUAGAGCAACCAGCCGUUACUCAUUCUAUUAAGAGACAUGUCAUGAAACCAGAGCAGAGAAAGAGCUUCAUGAUUCAUGUCUUUUACAUCACCUCCACCACAAGCCUAAACCCAACUGUGACACAGUGAGACACAGACAGAGAAGUGACAGGACAUGAGGUAUGGUUACCUCUGGAAGUGUGGUUACUUACUGGGAAGCAGCACUUUUGACAUUGUAUAGUCAAAUGUCUUCCAAGAACCGCUCAUUUUACUUAAAUGUGUCUCUCCCUCUGACACCUCUUAUAAAAAAAAAAAAACUUCUGUCAUUUCAUCAGUCUGACUUUACUUAUCAGCAUUAUUCAAAUGAGCAUCCUGUAUCACCUGCUUUGAAGCUGUACAGUACAGUACAGUGAUGAUUCACAUGCUGUACCAGAUCUCUUUGAUUUGGAACUCAACACACAACAUUAACUGAAAAAAUGUGCACGUUGGAGUAAGCUGUGCAGUGGCAAACAUUAUCUCUUAAAGAUGAACUUUACAUAAUUGCUAAAGUGUGUGUUUUUUAUCAUCACAUGCUCAACCCUGUCUGAAGCACCACAUCCUGUUUCAAAUGCGACAUCCUGCCCACAGAGAGCGGUUUUUUUUGGUGCUUACUCGUCAGUGUCCUCCUGCUCGCACUGCGCAGCUCUGCUAUGCAACUUGACCUGACCUGCUGUAAUCCACAAAGUCAUUUUUAUCUUUGGCCGACAGGGUCUCGACCGAUCACUUCGUCUCUCGUCGUCCACUCGUGCGCUCGGCCGCCACAGCGCGCUGUCCGAACCGGGGAAUUAGAAUACGUUCAUGCUGCGGUGAGAGAGAGAGAAAAUAAUAAUCAUUGUGGGAGGACUCUGUGGAUGAGAAGCUGCAUGUUCACUGGAAGGUAGAUAGGCGAAUAGAAUCGCGCGGAGGAGCUCACGCACGACUCCAGCUACACGGAAUUCCCGACUUGUUUACCCUGCACCGGGCACAGAGGAGCACCGUUGCGCAGUCUUUACGCACAACCAAGGAGCCGACCAGGGGAUACAGAGGGAGGCCGUCUGUCUGUCACCACCAUGUCAGCGGCAACAGCUUCCAUAGCAGAUGUUUCCGGGACUGUUUCUACAAACAAAGAUGACAGCCGUGACCGGAGGAAGUCAGGUCAGACCCAGGCUCAGUGCACAGCCAGGCCCCUGCCAGCCCUGGGCACCCAGAGGAUCAUCCAGGGCAAUGGCACCACCGUGGGCACAGUCAUUUCCCUGCAGUGCCCAGCCAAACACAAGCUGGUGGGAAGGGAGCUGAUGUGUGUCAUGGACACCAACAGCCCCCACUGGGUGGGGGAUACCUACUGUAAACCUGUGUCUCCCUUUGACGACCAUGGUUUCCGCGUGGCCGUGCUGGCGUCCAUCGUAAGCUUGGCCAUAAUUUUCUUCAUGUCCGUGGCCUUCAUCACCUGCUGUUUGCUCGACUGCAUGAAAGAGGACAAAAGGAAAAACCAUGAGAGGGAGUCAGAGAUGUGGCAGUGGGAGGAGCAGGCCCAGCAUCAGGGGGACAGCAGGUCUCGCUACAGCCAUAAAGGCAGGAACAACAACAACAACACCCAGGACAAAGUGCAGUCCCUGUGGGACACCAGGAACCCGGACAUGUGUGACAACAUGCGAGCCUGCAGAUGUCAUCAGCAGUACGCGUAUGGUCCUGCCUGCACAUAUGGCCCCACUCCUCCGCUUUCUACUCUCCCCGGCUAUGGCUACGACCAGCCUCUCCUACCCAGAGGCCCAGGAUCUGCACAGAUCUCUGGUCCGCCUGAAUACAACGGACGUCCUCUGUCCCGUCAAACUACGAACCCAGGCCCAGUCCAGGUCUCGGCAGCGGGGCCCGGGUUGGUGUGGCAGUAUGGGGGACAGCAGAGCGGCUUGUCGGGAAGGAUCCCAUCAACCACAGAUGAGUCCAGCGCGAGGAAUGUGAAGCCUGCCAAAGAAUUCUCCAUUCGGAUUAUAUCAGUGUGAGGACACAUUACACAGGAGGCGAAAAAACAUCAGUCAAGAACUUGUUUACUGACAAAAUAUAUCGGUCUGUACGUUGAGGACUACGGGAAGACGUAACAGAGCAUUCCUAAUGUUGAAAUGAUAAAAUCUGCAGCUCUGCACAGUGUGAAGGCUCUACAGGCAUACUGAUGAGACAGAUGUAUGUGCCUUUUGUAAACUGUAAUGGCACACUGCCCUCUGUCUGAAAAGGGGAGCCAUUGCACUUUCAGUACACCGGCCUUGUUAGAUGAUACUACCUGUACAUACAGAAGGUCCAGGGACCUCCAUGCCCUCAAUCGAGCUUUUCAGAAACCCAUUAAAUGGUUAUGUUUUGGUUAAAGUUAACGAUUCAGGUGUUUAAUGGGACGCACGUUGUUAGCAGUUGAGAAAGUUGUCUGAGAAACUCAGUUCUCAUUGCUGGAAAGUCCACUUUGUUGGUUGAGGGGAGCAGCUGGAAAGCACCAGCCGGUAGUAUGUAAAUAUAAUUCUUUUUUAAAGAAUGUAAAUAAAUAAAUAAAGACUUCUACUGAUAACGUGUGAGACUGUAUCGCAGUGGAAGGAGUGCAAUGGUGUACAUUUCCCUCUGAAGGACCAAUGCAAAUGUUUGCAGCAGAUACAGUGAUAUGUGACGUAUGUGUGAUGAUGUAGUGCACACACAGGCAUUUCAAGUGACAUGGUGGAGAAUAUAUUACUGACAAGAUUAUUAUUAUUAUAUAAUAACAUUUAUUAUUAUAUACAAAUACAAAUAAUGUCUAGGUCUAAUAGAAUAAAGGGGAAAAGGGAAUACAAUAAAGUGAUGAUUGACACCUCUGCGGUUCCGUGUUUGCAACUGAAAGUGUAUCUGCUGGUAAUCGGCUCAGUCUACCGUCGCUGUCUGCGGAUUGAUAAUCACCGCGUGGCCCUGAGGUCAGUCAUGUGGCUCCAGGCGCAGCGGGGCGGCGCAGAGCGGCGCAGCGUGCUGAUGUAACCGGACAGCAGCGACCGUCGCACCAGGGGGAGAAGCAGGAAGUUUCACCGGGAGGCUCUCGGUCGGAGGGAGCGUCUGUUUGUCAGUAUGACAGGUUUGUGAAUCACGGGUAAGGUGUUUUUGGCUCGUUUGGGAUUAGAAAUGAAAGGACUUCCGCCUCCAAACGAUCGCUGCCCGCCCGCUGCGCUGCGUGGGUGCGCCACUUGUUGCAUGGAAGUUGUAAGUUUAGCUGUUGCAGCAACGUGUUAUCAAAUUGGCCAAGAUUCAUUUUGGCCUCAUGUGACGAAGUUUUACUGCUAUUUUCUGUCCAGAUAUCCACUGUUUUAUAAAUACAUAUGAGCAGUUAGACAGACGGGUCUAUUUACACGAUGCAAUUUAACAUGCAUGAUGAAGCUCCUCCAUCAAUCACAUCCAAAUCUGAAAUCUAAGAAGAAUUUCUAUCUUAAAGAACUAUUGAUGAGCUUAAAUCUGACAUGAGGAUGAGACGGUUUCCUUUAGUCUCGUUUGUUUGUAGCAGGAAUCAGGAUAUUCUUCCUCACAUGUUUAAAGAUUUGCCAGAAUAAAGAAAAAGUAAAGCUAUACCUUAGAGUUUAACUUAAUGAUAAA